UUCGCUGCGAUGAACCGCCCGCUCGCCACGCUCCUCGCGCUCGCCGCCCUCGCGGCCCUCGUCGCCGCAGAGCCCCCGCGCCCCCGCCUCUUAGACUUCAACCCCUUCGCAUGGCUCCCCAGCAACAGGAACAGAUCGCCAUCCAUCAUGGACUACUUCUUCCCCCCGUCGCGCACCCCAAAACAAUCCAGUCUGGAACCGCCCGCUGACCGGAAACCACCACCCACCGUCCCCGAAACGACCCUCGAUAACACACCCGCACCUACCACCAUCGAAGAACGGUCAACAACGUAUUCUAGAAAAGUCUCCACCAAAACAAAAUCCACCCUCCCCGUGACCGCGACUUCCCCGCCGAAAACUAAAAAACCCUCUCGCAAACCCAUCCCAGUCGAGACUACCAUUGAGGCCAAAACAACUCUAACAACCAGAAUUGAAACUCCACCCCCGACGGUGAGGGUUACAACUGUUUCGUCGGCGUAUCAUCCCACGAAGCAUUACUCUAUCCGGCCGGUGUUGAGGACGGAGACGCCGACCGUUCAAGAUACUGAGACGACGAGUAGCGAUAGUACGGAGACCGUUUCGGAGUUUGACACCGCUGGUACAACGGUGGAGGAUGCGAAAGAGACAGUGCCGACGUUGAGUACUGCUGAAGAUCAGCGGUCAACGGACGCGGGGACCCUGAGCACGGCCACCGUGGAGUCGACCACCCCGACUGAGACCACGGACGCCGCUGACAGCCGCGAGGGCUAUCUUCCGCUACGUGACAAACCUCAGCAGACACACGUCAAAAUCAACGAUCAAACAAAGAAAGAGACUGUGCCGCUACCAGCUGGGUCGACGUCAGUACUGGCCAAGCCGACCAAAUAUCACUAUUACCCACACAAUCAACACAUCUAUUUAUUGCCAGAAUGCGCAAUACAACAGGUGUGUAACGCAGUGUAUGUGCGACUCAACUACACGCAGCCUCUGUGUGCGUGCCCGGCAAGGUACCGGGACCCGUGUUCUGCUAGCUUGAACGCCGACGACCUGCAUACUACGCGUCUCACCACGGAUUCCAAAAAGAAGUACGCGUACAAAGCAGUCACACUGGUGAAGACAUGCGAAGCAGUGUCAGAGAUGCGAGAGUGCAGAGCACCCAGAGACUGGUCGCUGCUAGCGCUGCAAAACAUCAGGACCGGCAAGUCGCACUACCUGGUCAUAUGCCGGUGUCCAGAGAACCACAUACUAGAAGGCCCAAUGUCACACGACCAGCCGACGUACGCAUCAGUGCCCGGCAUCAGAGUGUAUGGAAUGAUGUGCGUGCGACCCAGUCCCAAUUACCAUUCAGGGUACAACACGAACAGAUUUUCAAAUGGGGGCGUACAAAGUACUACGAGUACUUACAAAGUGGACUAUUCUCAACCGCACCCGUUCCCGGAGAAGCCAGUCUACAACCGCUACCAUUCCCAUAGCUACUCGGAGCCGUCGUACUACAACAGGCGAAGCAGACUCUCGCGUUCGAGACGAGCGACGUCAGAAUACCCCCCUUUCCCAUGGUACAAAGUAAAAGAAUUAGCUCGGUCAUUACAUUGGAUCGACUAGAACAAAACCUGAUGUAGCAUUAGAAAAGUAUGUUGGGUUCAAAAAGGCCAGACUGCAGUGAUCGCUUCUUUCGCACCAGCUUCAGUUCCGAAUCGAAUAAUCUGGUUCUGAAACGGAACUGAAUUGAACAGGGAUAUAAUAUGCCUCUCUGAAUUCAACGCAAACUUGAACUAACAUAUCGAAACGCUUUCGCUUUACGUAUCCGUAACUAGAUAAGAUAAAAUCGAAUGCUUCCUUAUUAAAUCUUCCCAUUCUAAACAUAGGUUUAGAAUGUCGAAAGUUCUUUUACGCCUAUGGAAUACUCAUUACAGCUGCAUUUAUAGAUAUAAUCAUUCAUAUAAAACUUAAUACGAUUGUUAUUUGAGGUCAAUCUGUAUUUGAAGAGUGAAAGCGUAAAUGUACAUGAACGAGUGAGGUGUUGUGAAUAUUCAGAUAGGUUCAAAGUUUAUUCAUACCCGUGUAUUUUCAAAAUCGAGACGCCGGGAAGUGCUAUGUCACGAAUAGAACUCGAGAUUCGAAUUUAGUACCUUAAUCAUUGUUGUCAUUGUCUACACUGCAAACCGGUUUCGAUAUUCGACUCUGUCUCGCUCACUCAUUUGGGAAUGCUGGUAUGAGUCUAGAUUUUUCUUCUUUUAUCUUGUGGGUCGUAACAACUGAACACCAUCCUGUAAAAUCUUCUAACCAACUUGUAAAAAAAGUUAUUUUUUACACACAUAGUGCAGCCUACAACCGGGAAUCGAACCCAGAACGUGAGUUAAAUUUCAUACCACUGCGCACCAUAGAGGCUAAAACGAGCGUGUGAGACGUAUAAAACAUAAUUAAACCGUUUUGCAGUAUAGACCUUCAUAUUUAUACUCACAUAUCAAUUAACUUCUAUUUUAGGAAUAUUAUUUGCCAGACAUUUAGACGUAACCAUGACUAUAGUAUUAAGGUUUGAUUCGAAAACAUUACGCGAACAAAAAUCGAACAAAUGUGUCCCCACCAAGGCAUGAUGAUUGUUUUUAUUUCAACGAUAUUGAAUGUAGAGUCGAUCUACGGUGGGACUUUUGACAUUUACACAUGUACUUACACUGUAAAUAUUGACAGCAAUAUGACUAUGUAUUGGCAAAUAUUUUGUUUCCUAAACAUGACAGUGGCUCGCUCUUCCUUCAUUUUGCCAGAUAACGAUUUAGUUCAAAUUGAACCAUCUUUUAAUAUUUGAUAACACGCGACACUUUUUUUCGUUUUUUUUUUGCUAUUCACAAUUAAAUGUCUUAACACUAUUGCAGUUUGUCAUAAGUGCCAUCGUUGACUCUACAAAAAUGACCGUAACAAGGUCUUGAAUGAACUAUUAUUAAUAAUGUAAGAAUGUACACGAGACAAUGUGAUAAGUGAUUCAGUGGAAUUUGUGUAAUUUUUCGAUGCAUUUAUAGCUAUUUAAGAAUUAAUUUAUAGUUGAUACAGUAUUUAUUUAAGUAAACCAUAUUUAUACUUAGACGAUUACGAUGUAAAUAGUAGUGUUAAUUACAAUAUUUGUAAUUACGAAAAAUUAAAGCUAACGGAAUAUUUA